CCUUUAUUAAAGGCCACUAAGUGAGUGAAUCGAUAAGCAUUAUAAUGGCGUCAGCAUCAACGUGUAAUUGUUGCAGAAGGAAGCAUGUCUCAAACUCACCAUCCCCACCUCCAACUCCAACUUCAUCUCUUCCACAAAUUCUUUCUUCUUCUUCUUCUUCUUCUCGCAACAUCACCCUUCACCAGUUUUUGCCCCUUCACUCAUCAUCGCAUUCCGAAACUGAACAAAUCUUCAAAUCCAAAGCAUGCACUUCUCACUCUGCAAACUCCGAGGAACGGUUUAAGCGCCUCAUCAAGAGUCGAGACUGUGCUGCUCGCUCAAGAGCCAAACAACAGGCUUAUCAAAACCACUUGGAAACUAAACUUGCCCUUUUAAUACAAGAAAAUUCAACACUCAGAACCCAGGUUGAAGAGAUGAAAAUUCGAUUGAAAUGUGGUGGUGCACCUCCGAAAAAGCACAGUCUCUACAGAACCUCAACAUCUCCAUUUUGAGAUGCAUCGCUGCAAUAUGCUUGCAAAGUGGUCCAAACAUGUUCCGACAAACCUUAUUGGACCCUUUCUCCGCACUCCCCCCGAUAAAGAAAAUAUUUCUGAACCAUCCCCACACUUUCUUUUAUUUACCUCCUUACCACACUUUUCUGUUAUUUUUGGUUACAAUUAUGUUUCUGAAAACCCAAUUCUCACUUCCUAUUACCUGCCCUUUAUUGUCCAAAAAGGAUGGCCAAUGAAACUGGCCCACCGAUGCUAUUUGAUGUUUCC